AUGUCUAAAGAUAAAUCAUCAAGUAAAUAUUUCGGGGAAAGCCUAGCCAACUUAACGAAACGUGAAGGUGUCGUCAUCCCUAAUUUAGUGUAUAAGUUGACAAAAUACCUUCUAGAACAUGGGCUAGACCAAGAGGGAAUAUUCAGAAUCAAUGGCAGCAUAAAAACGGUUGAAAAACUCCGAGCUCAGUUCGACAAAAAAGGAGAUGCGAACCUGGAUGCAGACAUGGUGGACCCCGCCUCCGUUGCCAGUUUGUUGAAGUUAUUUCUUAGGGAGUUGGAAGAUACAAUUGUACCUGCCAACAUGACCCAACAGUUCCUAGAGGUCCAAGAAAAAUCGUUGAAAGAUUGUAAAUUAGUAUCAAUGAAAUUAAAAAAUCUCGUCUGCCGACUACCGUACGAGAAUAGAUGCAUGCUAAAAUAUCUUUGCGCAUUCCUCGUGCUGGCCGCCAAGAAGCGUGCCUAUUCUAAGAUGAAUUCGACGGCUUUGUCGACAGUGUUUGGACCUAACAUUUUCAAGUGUGGUCCGGGUUUUUCCGGAUUGAAAGAACAGGGUGUGACUAACUGCAUAAUGCUGCAGUUUAUAAAUAAAUACGACGAGAUUUUUGUCGAUUCUGCCGAUGAAUUAUUGCCCUAUGAUGAUAAAUUUUCUUUGGAUUACUUAUUGAGAGAGUUGAAACGCUCACGGAACCUACAGCAGCAGAACUACAAUCUGAAAACAUUAUCAUUAUCAUCACCGAUGCUGGCGUCGUCGAGUUCAACUGAGUUUGAAGUGGUGGUCUUGUCUGAAAGGGUUUUAACUGAGGUGGACAAGUUAAUAAAGAGGUACAUAUUCAACGAGGCGUACGAUCCUGACGACGAUUACGACGAUUUCGGUUACGAAAAUGGCGGGAAUUUUGGGGCCAGUUAUGAUUAUGAUACUGACAGCCAGCAGAAGUUGAGAUCUCUUGAAAAACAAUUCAAACUUGAAUUCGGAAGGAAGCUGUCGACCAAUGACUACGCCGAUAACAUGGAGAUCAGGACUUUGAGGAAAGAUAUCAAAAAGCUGGGCAAAGACCCCUCAUUGGAUAAGGCGGCGAGUUUUGAUCAGCCAAUCAGCAUCAAGGAAACCUUAUUAAUAUUAAUGAAUAGACUCAAACUCAAGAGAUUAAGAGCUGGGAGAUCCGAAGAUUUAUUGAGUAUGACAUUGAACCAGAUACAAGAUGAGAAGAUGUGCAUGCAGAAGGCCUUACUUCAAUUCGAAGAAGUGCACGGGAGGCCUAACACAGCGGUCAACAAGGGCAUCAUGCUUCCACUCUACGACCGUUACCGUAUCAUUAAGAAGAUGAUGAAAAUCAAUUCUACCUCUAACAACAACAAUAAGGUGUCAUCAGAGAUGUUAGCGUCAUCAGCAGCAGCUGCAGCUAGUGUAGCGGCGAUCGAUAAAUCGUUUGAAUCCCGCCUUUCUGCUGGUACUACGUCCAAGAGCUGCAAUGCUAAUACUAAUAAGAAACUACCCUUAGAUGCAGUAAGAGAGCCAGCCAAUCAGAAGCAUCACCGUCGUCGUCAUCAUCAUCGUCAUCGUCGUCCUGAUGAUGAUGGCGAUAGAGAUGAUGAUGGUAGUGGUGGCAGAGGAUAUGGCGAUGGUGAUGAUGAUGAUGAUGGUGAUGAAGACGAAGAUGAAGAUGAUGAUGAUGUUUCGUCCUUUAAUCAGCUGUCGCUGUCAAAACUUCAUUCAGAGAUAGAGAGAACGAGAGAGAGGAAGAGAGAUCUGCAGUUAGACCUUCAGUCGUUCGAGCAAAACUUUGAAAGAAUAUCCGGAAGAAAAAUUCAAAAAGAAGAUCAGAUGGCGAGGGAGAGGGAUUACAAGAGAUACAAGAAAGUUAAGUCCAGGUUGAAACUCCUCGAGGUCCUCAUAGCCAAGAAGCAGUCGACAUCCAAACAACAACAACAACAAUAAUAAUAAUAAUAAUAAUAACAUAAUAAUAAUAUAACAUAUUAAUAAUAAUAAUAAAGUCAAGAGAAUAACGUAUAUUAUAUUAUCCAUAAAUAAUAUCAUUAUUUUGACGAACUUUCUGUCAUGCUUUAAUCAUAUUUGUAAUUAUUACUAUUAAUAUUAUUAUUAUUAUUAUUAUUAUUAUUAUUAUUAUAGUUGUUGUUAUUAUUAUUAUUAGUUAUUGUUAUUAUUAUUGUUUUUGUUAUUAUUAUUAUUCAACGGUAAUAAUUACUUAAUAAUAAAUAAUCAUAAUUAUUAUUAUUUGUUAUUGUUAUUAUGAUUAUAAUUAUUAUUUAUUAUUAUUAUUUUAUUACUAUUAUUAUUUUUAUUUAUUAUUAUUAUUAUUAUUUUAUUAUUAUUAUUCUCUUUACCACCAAAGCAGCAUCUUUGAAUCUAUAUCAUUUUAAAAUUUAAAUGGUUUUUUCGACUGAUAAAUCAUAAUAAUAAUAAUAAUUAUUAUUAUUAUAACAAAUAAUAAUGAUAAUUAUUAUUAUUUGGUAUAAAUUUAGAUACAAACAAUCUAUAUAUAUAUAUAUAUAUAUAUAUAUAUAUAUAUAUAGAUAUCAAUUCGUGCAUGUUGAUAUAUCUGCUAUGUAUAAUAUAUAAUAAUAUUUGUAUUUAUAUUAUUAUUAUUAUUCGCAAAACGUGAUGAUGAUGAUUCUCAAAUAUAUAUAUAUAUAUAUAUAUAUAUAUAUAUAUAUAUAUAUAUAUUAUAUAUAAUUCAUUAUAAUUCACAUUCAUUCAUAAUAAUCAUCAUAGGAUAUUUAUAUAAAAUUCCUAAUUUUUUCUAUAAUAGAUGAAAAAAUUUUGAUAAAAAUCAUUGUUUGUUUUUUCAUCAUUAUCGAUCUCUUAAACUAAAUGAAUGAUAGAAUGAUUGAUUGGAUGAGUGAGUGAGUGAAUUAAUGUAUGAAUCAAUAAAUGAAUGUAUUAUGAAGUAUGCACUAACUAAUUAAAUAACAUAGAGUAAUUAAACUUUUAAAUAAAAUAAAA